ACCCGUUUCCCAUGGCUUUAGACUGACGAACGCUGUGCCGUCUCCUUCUCCAAGAGCGGCUGUUGUAGCGCACACGCAGAACGCGGGGCGGUCAGAGGCGAGACCCCAGGCUGGUGUGUGGAGUUCACCGGAGUCCUCCAAGGGAGCGAGCUCAGGGAUCACAGCGCGCCGCCGCCAAUGCUGCUGCUGAACCCGUCUUUGCCAGCGCUGUCUAUCGGCCGUGGUGCUGAAACCACCGCGCCGACCUUUCCCAGGGUGACGUAGCUACAAAGACUGAGCAGCGGCUUUUUAACACUCCGGCAAGACACACAAGAGGUUGGGAAGAAACAAGCGAAGGAAAAGGGCAGUUAAAAACUCCCCCCAAAAGAUGAACUAAAAAUCUUACGCCUCAGAUAAACAACAAAGCUGAGAGACUGGACAGUUUUUAGCCCGUCUUCAGCUGGUUCCUAGCGUGCGAACACGCCGCCUCCUCUUCACAACUCACAGCAAGAUCUUGUGGGGAGAGAAAGAGACACGCAGAGAGAGACUACGUGUCCAUGAGGUAAAUGUUGAAGACACUGUCGAAAUGCUACCAAAAUCAAGAAGAGCUCUUACAAUUCAGGAAAUUGCAGCACUGGCCCGGUCAUCACUACAUGGGAUCUCCCAGGUGGUGAAGGACCAUGUGACGAAGCCCACGGCGAUGGCACAGGGCAGGGUCGCCCACCUGAUUGAGUGGAAGGGCUGGUGCAAGCCCACUGACUCCCCAGCCGCAUUGGAGUCCGACUUCAACUCCUACUCUGACCUCACAGAGGGAGAGCAGGAGGCACGAUUUGCCGCAGGUGUGGCAGAGCAGUUUGCUAUUGCUGAAGCAAAACUGCGCGCCUGGUCAUCUAUAGAUGGUGAGGACUCCAAUGAUGACUCCUACGAUGAAGACUUUGGCCCUGCCAGUGAACCUUCUCAAACACUUCAAAAUUCAGACACCGUCUCCUCCUACCCCAGCUACCUUCGGGACUUUCUGCACAGCCACGUGUGCCAGCAGCGGAGCUCACGGCAGGGCUCCAGUGAGCAGGAGAACAGCGACACCUCACCCACUGUCUCACCCGACACCCUCUGCUCCAGCCUGUGUAGCCUGGAGGAUCACCCCCUGCUGAAGGACCUGGGCUCCUCUCCUGUGGACCUGGCUGCCAAGAUCCUGGGGGCACUGCAGGGUGGCGAGGAGCUGCUCUCCCGGUUGCAGCGGGGCAGAGAAAGUGCCUUCCGGAGCCUGGGACACCUGGUCUGCGAGGACUCCUCCUACUCUGUCUCCUACACCGAGUCCUGCUUCUCUCCAGAGGAUGAGGAAGACCUAGCCUGCAAGGACUAUGACUCGGUGUGCAAGGAUGAGUGCGACUAUCCUGGUCGGAGGAAGGUGUCAGAUGUGGCCUCCUCAGGAGUGGUAUCCCUGGAUGAAGAGGAGGAGGAGGAGGAGCAGGAGGAGGGGGAGGAGGGGAACCAGUGACUGUCCUCUUCAUUUUUCGUUUGGUUUCCUCUCCUUUCCUUCACCUUUCGGAAAACGUUUUUGGCAUGCUUUACUGAAAUGCCCUUUCCCUCCCUGCUUGUGCACCUUCCUCUCCUUACCCAUUCCUCCGUCAACCUGCCUGUUCCCCAUUUCCUCCCUCCCCUUCCCCAUCUAUCGUUUGCCUGGUUCGAUAUAUCUAUACAUUUUUAUUUGUCUUGACGCGUCCAAACAAUCUCUCUCUCUUCUUUGGGUUCCGAUUCACUUUGCAAUGCCUUUAGCACAAACUAAUUGCCUGGGGGUUUGAUGCAAAGGUUUGAGCACUUCACAGAUUAAAAAAAAGAAAAAAAUCUUCUGCAUGACGUGUUAAGUGCUGAACUGAACUUGUGGGCUGAUUUGUUCUAAAGCACGGUUUGUAGCUCCAGCUGUUCUUGUCCUCUUUUUGGUCAAAUCUCCUCCCAUUCCUUACCUUUUUCAAGAGCAUCUACCGUCUGAACGUCAUGACACUGCAACCCAACCUCUCCUUGCCUAAAAAAAUCUAUAGCAUCAGAUCGGCAUGGCUUUUUUUGCUGGGUAUGCCAAAACAUUAACCUUUGACUAAAGAUUAUAAGCAAAUGCUGGAAUGUUCUUAAACUGACAAAAUUAUGUCUUUUUAAAAUAUUUCUCAAAAACAAAUGAAGAAAAGGUUAUGCUUUUAUUGUACUUAGUUUUAUAUCAUUCAACAUGUUGUUGUUCUUGUUAUUAUGAAGACUAAUGGUGAUACUGAUGAUUAUGAUCAUUAUAGCCAGAGGGGUUGAAAGCUGUUCUUUUUUUUUUUGAUUUUUCAAGUUCUCACCGGGACAAAAAAACUGAAAAGGAAACGCUUGCAAUGGUCUUAAAAGAAGUUUUGCUUCGACAACACCAGGGAAAGGUUUGGCUGAAAAACCAAGAAAGCAUAAACACUAGUUUUCAGUGAUGCAGUAAAAGCAAAAGUGCAUUACGUCUCAGAUUUUCUAUAUUUUUGUAAGCUCUGUCAUGCUUUCUCUUGUGCGGCGUUGCUGUCCUAGUGGUUUGCACGAAGCUAAUGUUGCCGUAGAUAUCUCCUUUUGUUGUUAUUCCUGUGCGAUAUGGUCUACAGGAAAAGCAAACUUAAAAAAAAAAACAUAAAACAGUUAAGAGGAUACUGUGAUAUUGUUUGUUCUUGUCACUGUCAAGUCCCUAUUGAAUGAAUUUAUUUAUUUUAUUGUAUAAAAAGUCGUUCUCCUUCCUAACUUCUUUGCAGUCAGUAUGUCAAAGUACUUCAACCAAGACAUGUCUCUCUCCUCUCUUGGCUCUCUCUCCGGGUUCCUCCUCUCUAACUGCACUGUUUGUCAACCUUGGCUGAACAGAAGUACUGUAACUUUUUGAACAAUAGAAACCAGAUUGUGGGUAUAAACGACUGCAAACACCGACGUUUUUAGACUGAACAGUCUUUACAAAAAGUAAAAAUGUAAAACAGUUUUGUUUCAGAGACUAUAUAAAAAGGAAGCAAGAGGAUUUUGUUGCAGAAACUGUCAUAACUCAGGGAGUGCAACUAAGAGCUCCUGUCAGUGGGUUCACAUUGGAUAAGUCUUGUUAAUUUGUAAUAGUUUGUGUUGCUUUUUAAGAAACAUUGCAACUUGAUUACAGCCAAGCUGGACACAAUCUGAGCCACAGGUUUCACAGCUGUACAUAUAAAUGGCAACUGGGAACAGUUUCCAAGUUCUCUGUAUCAAGCAAGCACAGAUACUGCAUUCCCCUAAACCCAUGAGCAAGAUCAAAGGGGCCACAAUUGUUCCUGUGUGUGUAAGGCAUGACCUGAAGAACCUUGGACUGUGAUCGGUCAAGGAACUCCAAAGAAAACAAUGACCGAUACUGAGAGUUCUGUCCCACAAUAACUCGGAUACUCAGCAAGCUUAAUGCCAAGAGAAAGAUCUGUCUCUGUUGCCCUUAACCUACUCAAGGUUCUGAGGCCCUUCAAACCUCUGAAAUAACACUAAAACUCCGACAGCAGUCCCUGUACCUGGAAACCGAAGGAAGGAGGACUUUUAAACUUGGAAACAGUCUGAUUUUCACUAUCAAAAGCAUGUUUCUGGGUAGAUCAGACUGCUGUGAAAAGAAAUGGAGCACUAUGGUUGAAGGUGACGGUAAAUUUCAAUCAAGGUGGACAGGCAAUGAUGGAAAAAGUCUGAGGCAGAUUUAUAUUCCCUUUAAAAAACAUCAUACUGAAAUAUUGCAUAACAUAAUUUAACAUAACAUAAUUUUGUAGUAACCUAUAAUGACAAAGAGUGCUCUGCCCAUACUUGUGUAGUACUACUUUCUGUGACAGAGGGGAGAGAGACCUCAGGGUGCCUGUAAGGGCUGUACCACACCCAAAAAACUGCAAGGGGGGCUUUUGAUAAAGGUGGUUAUCAGGAUUGGGAAAGUAAAUGUGGAUUCUCUGGUCUUUGGUUGUCCAUCAGAGGAGAGGGCAGGGGUCUCUUUCUCAUACCAGCCUGACAGAUUGACAGGUGCAAAACUGAGCUGCAGUGAGCUGUAAGCAUGGCUGUCUUGAUGAGCAUGUGGCUCAUAACGCUGUAACUCUGAUAUGCAAGACUUGUUAAUGUUAGUAUGUAGAAUUCGAACCCUAACGUCAGGGCACAUCACAAGACCUACAGCAUGAACAUGACACAUUCCACAAUUGAAUGGGCAUUACUAUCAAAGAAUCAUGUUCUUUGAUUCUCAUACUGGACAAAAUGAAUAUGGGGUAGAGAGGCGAGACAGUCUUUGCUUCUUCUAUUUUUUGUAACAGAUAAAAAUGAUAUUUUUCUAGACUUCAGAGAGGUCAGAUGAGAAAGUUAAAGUGAGGGUCAAUAACUCAGGUACAAGUAGAAUGUUGUGCCUUCAUCUCCUUUCCUAUUACUGAUCACUAAAGCUUUUUUAACUUUCCAACCUCUGAUUUAUUUUGCUGAGUCCAUUGUAAAGAAUUCUUCUCUCUCCAUCUUGAUCAUAAUGCCUGGGUUGCCAAAGGGUCCAGUGUCACUCUGUUUGAAACCAAAGAGAUUGAUUUUCCUGCAACGAUCUGAGUUUGGGUUGACAAUUGUUUGUGAGUUGUGAACAAUUUGCAAAGAUUCACAACAGCUGUUAUCUCUAACUUACUCUUCUUAUCUGUGAGCUGAGUAAACUUUUGCUGCAGGUCUGAACCCUAUGGAUUUAUUCAUGUAUGGCCUGUCAUUAAAACUGCCACUUGCACCCUGUCACAUGACAGGGCAAAGCUAGCCUGUUUAUUUGUAAAGAAAGACCAUUUAGAAUUACCUGUGGUGACAAGCAAUUUAAUUGCAAUUAUAAAAAUCAUCAAGGAACAGUAAAUUAUGCAUUAGACAAUUAGAAUGAAGUCUUUCUCAGUGUAACUGCCAUAGUAAUUGAAUGUUGUCCAAGAAAAGAGGACUUGAAUGUGAAACUUAAGACACCUUAGGUGCCUGAGCUUCAAACCUGCUCAUUUGUGAUAUUUUAAAAUAUUGAGCUUUCUUUAACAAAGGCCAAGAUUUCCAUUUGUGGUGUAUGUCUGAGUAUAGACAGAGAGUUCUACACAGAAACACACUAACUAUUUUUAGCAGAAAAAGCCUUUAUCGAUUUGCUAGUAUACUUAAAUGUGCUAUAAUGUUUUGUAACAACUACAGCUUGUUAUUUUCUAGAAAUGUGUAUUUAUAAUUGUAUGUUACAUUCUGAAGAAAGCUGUAGCUUUGCAUAUUGUCUUAAUUGUACCUGUUGGUGAGCUAAUAAAUUCAUAAGAAGUGCCAAUGGCAAAAAACUCAAUCGAACACUUUAGCAAAGAACGCUCAUUACGGUUAGUAAAUUAGGGAAUGAUCUUGACUGCCAAUACAUCCAUCUGCAGUUAUAGAGUAAAGAAACAGAGGAAAUAGGCACCACAGUGGCAACACUGUGUUUCAUUAUAUUUUAAAGUGAGGAAUAACCUAUGCUUGUUCCUUCACAGCCUGCACAGUGAUACAGCUCCCAACUCCAUCCUCUCUCUAUAUAACAUAUAUUGUAUGUGCUAUAUACAAUUUAUUAUGUAUGAUCACGAUUUCUAUUACCCAAACAAAUGCAGUGUCACAUCUUCUAAAUUACAUUUUCCUCAAUCACACAGAAAAGAUCUGCUUAGUGUUUUUUAACUGGAAAUGCAUUAUGAGCUCUUGGUGGAGUAAAUAAUUCUAACACUCUAGUCAGUUGAGGUAAAUAUGUGACCCCUGCUGCAAAGGUCAGAGAGGCAAUCCUGCAUGCUUCCAUCCUCAUUAUCUGACUCUGUUCAGAUCAGCCAUCCUAGGCUCUUUAUUUCUUAUUAUUAGUUUUUGCUUUUUUCCCCCAUUCUCUGUGAGCAGAGAUUUUCCUGCCCUGCCUGCAGAGAUGGUAAAACGCAAAGAUUAAUUUACUUCUCGCUGUCUGAAGCAUUCCACAGUGGCCCCAGACUCUUAGAUUAUGUAGUCACUUGCACUUCAGCAUAUUAACUGUUCAUGGCAGACAGCAGUGUCUUUCAACUGGCUUGUCAAGCACUGCAACUCCACUCUCACUCAUGAAAUGCCAUGAAAUGACAUUCUUUUCGUAUCUUUAUGAUGGAGUGCCUUAGUUCCUUAGUAGGCGCAGCCCACAGUGUGUGUGUGUGAGUUGCUAUAAAAAGAAAUGACUUUUCUAAGGGGAAGAAUCUAUUUUCAACAUGGUGUUACCACCUCACCCCCCCACCUUUUUAUCUCAAAAUGUCUCCAAAAUGGGUAGGAAGAUCAAACUACGAUAGCAAGUCUGACUAUGUGGGCUCUGACAUGACAGUAGAUAGCAUUCUACCAUUAGUCUCAGAAUGCCCUUGUACAAAUUUUAAUGUACAAAUGAGCAGUUUUGGCACAGAACACAACUGCAGGGAAGCCUGCACAUCCUCUUCUGAUAGCUUUGCAUUGUGCACCACGCAGUGCCUGCUAUCAUGCAGGAGUCUGAAAUUGAUACUAUGGGUGUGGAAGUAUUCUGGGAAAUUUGAGCAGUCCCAGUACUGUUGACGGUUUCUCAUUUUUUAUGUCAGGGCUCUGUAAUUAAGGUUUGGUAAAAUGGUGUUCAGUUUCUGGGCGAAUGCAAUAAUUCAUUUGCUUGAACUCACCUGGAUUCACCUUAUGUCACCCCCGCUAUUUGCUUUAGCCCCCCCCCCCAAAUCCUAACAGAUUCCAGCUAAAUUCUUUGUAUUCUGAACAGCUCUGCAUGUGCUUUUGUUUCUGGUGCUGCCAAUAUUCCCUACACAGUGUAUUCUUCAUUAUACAUGUGCUAGCAAGCCCCUAGACAUGUAAUCCAAAAGGGCUGAAGAUUUUAAUUUACUGUAAAUGCAUAGGCAUAUUACAAAAAAGACAGUCAAGUCACGUUUAACCCCUGUUAACCUUUCCUGUGGUUGCGUUCUUUAAUUAAUACUUCUUGCCUCUGAAAUGUAGUGGUUGCAGUUCAGUCAAGCACUGCUCAGCAAGUCUUCACAAGAGAUUUCACAAAAGGAAUGAAGAAACGAUAAGGACUUUCUAGGAUGUCUCCCUACCGGGGAGUAGGGCAAGGUUUCUUUGAAGCAGAGGUGACAAAUAUUUGACUGCAAGGGCCACAAGGCAUUUCUCAGAUAUACUGUAGCUGUACCAUUAACCACAUUACAGUACAUGAACAUGAGUAAAAAUGGAUAAUGACUUUCAGCCAGUGUUGGAUAAUUCAGCCAAAACAGCCAUGAUCUAAAUUAAGUCAUACUGUGACUGUGAAUACCUUAAAUGCUUCAAAAGUUGUGCAGGUCACCCCUCUUAUAAUGGCCCUCAUGAAAAAUGCAUGAGGAGAGACAAAACCCAAGAACUAAAUGUAUUCGAAAAGUGUUGAGUGUUUAGUCGUUGUCUUAACCUCCUUAGCUGAGAAUCAACCACCUCCCCCAUGCAGAGUGAGGAGUGACUCAGGGGAUGCAGCAGAGGUUGAGAUGGGGCCCAAGAGGGAUGCAAAAGAUGAAGAAAUGUGAGGAGAGAAUGUUCAUGUCUAGUUUCACAAUGGCAACCUCUAAAACAGAGUCCACAUCAGGCCUUUCCUAAAUAUAUUUAGGAAAGGAUUAUGAGUUAGGGUCAAUGAGAGAACUUGAAUUUGGCUGCUGUCAUCCCUCCUGAACUUUUGUUGCAAACUUGCGUAUCAACAAAACUACCUGCAAAAAACUUCAAAAGGUUUUUAAAAAAUGAAAGGCAAAAUUUGUGGUUGUGCUCACCAUGGAGAGAUGAACUUGACAGUGGCUCAGGCAGGAUUCUGCACAUGUAAUUUGGUUCUUUCUCUUCCCAUUUUGAUUCAUUUGAAUUAACUCAUUAAAAAUCCUAGAAACCUCAAACCCCAUGUGAACUCUCUGAGGUUUAUCUCCCAAAGUCGGGCAGAUCUCUUACCAAGGAAAGUUCACCACUGACUUCCACUAGGGCUGAAUUAGGGCUAAAACUACACACUUCCUCUGAUAUCAUUUCAUUCAUUUUGCGGUUUAUAUCUGAUAUAACUUCUUGUGGGUUUGACUUUCGCUGACUGAGAGAAUCCAGUUUACUUUCCUUGUUAUGAACACAAUCUUUGUUAUUUUUAAUGACUGUAAGGCUUAACAUUUUCUUGCGUUGAAACUGCAUCAACAUAAAAACAUUUUUAUCUUCUGAAGAUGUUUUGUAUGUGAUGUUUUUCCCCAACCGUCUCUGCUUGGUUUGGGCUUUCUUUACAUUGAUCUGGGGGACUGUAAUGCUGGUCUCAUGGCUUCUUUGGGAAAUCUGUUCCUCUCUGUUUUUUGUAGACAUCUUCUAAAUGAUGAGUGUAAUGGUGGCAGAUCUGUCACAGGUGUUUUCCCCCCCCAAGAACAGUAUGCUUUCCUCCCUCAACCCACUGCUUCUGUUACUAGAAGAAGGUGGGUAAACUGUGAAGAAACUCCAUCUUCAGGCAAUGAUAAGACACAAAGAUGAACCAGACUGAUAAACAUCAUGGAAACAUUUUUGUGCUUUACCACUGCAAUUCGUCAGUGAUACAAUGAAGAUGGAUCUCAAACCAUUUAUCUGUCAUUUUAGUCCUCAGCUAGGUUUCAGGCUGUGCAUGCAUGAGCAGCUCAUGGUCCUUGCACUGCCUUAUGUCUGCCUCACAAGCAACAGCUGUGCUGGGACUCUCAUUAUAUUCACGUGGAAAUGGUUUCUAUUCUCAUAUGACACGCAGCUGCACAGGAGAACAAUGCAGAAGAAUGCUACAACUCGCAUAAAAACCUGUGCAGCGGACUAAAUCCAAGAUCCUAGAAAGGCUGAUACCAGAUGAAAGAUUCUUUCAUCGACAGCAUGAAGGUGAAGAAGUCCUCAAGUUUGUGAUUUAAAACACCUUACCGGACGCUGUCAGUUGAUGCCCAAGAUGUUUUGCAUCAAAAUGCAUUCCAAACUGGUGGUUAGAAAGAUUCAGUAAUAUUGAUUACUAUCAUAUUUUGAAUAUUUUUCAAGUGGAAAACAGUCUUUUUUAUGAAUCUUUGCAGAUUUGAGAUCCUGACUUUUGCUGAGGAGGCCACUGUGAACUGCUUUUCUUACAUGCUCACUGUUUUCUACAGUUAACGUUCCUCUCUCGUUCCCCCUUUCUUUUUAUUCCUUGUACUUUAUUUCUAUGAAGUUUCCUCUGUUGCAGCAUCUGCCAUGGUUUACUGUUAUGAAUAAAAGACGUUCAUGUUAUUUGCAA